GGCAGCAGUCCGCGAAAUUUCCAGUAUGCAUGAACACAAGCAGGCAGCUGCUUUCUGCAAACCCAGCGGGACUCACGCAACUUUCUGACUGAACUUCUAUCUUUUUUCGCCAUAUUUUUUUCUUCACCGCAUCACCUGACGGAUGUUUAAAUCAUAUCAGAGCACAUUUCACUGUUAUCGCCGCAGUGGAGCCUUUUAAACCGAGGCGAGGUGAGGGAGGGCACAGACUGCCCCUUGCACAAAAUAUCUGGUGUAAAAUGUGAGGUAUGUGCACAGCGUCCUGCUGCACGAGCUGCCUCUGACACCGUGAGACCGUUUCAUCUUGGAGCCAAAAAAACUGAACUAUUAUGGACAUGAUGAACUUCAAGAUUCGGUGCAUUCUCGUAUUCUUCACUUUUUAUGUGCAAGAGGGAUUAUCAAGGGAGUAUGAAGCAAACCUCGGGGCUAAUAUUCUUUUACAGAGAGUGAGACGUCAAAGCAAAACAGCAAAAGCAGUGCUGAAGGUGACAGACUACCAUGUGAGGUGUUCGGUUGUGUCCCGCUACGCUGUUACCACAGUCCAGAGUUCAGUAUGGAACCAGCUCCCCAUCACCAAGGAGGCCGCCUUCGAGGUGGACCUUCCGUCCUCUGCUUUCAUCUCCAACUUCACCAUCACCUCUAACGGCAAGGUGUAUGUGGCCCAGGUGAAGGAAAGAGCUGCUGCCAGGAAAAUCUACGAUGCUGCUAAGAAGCAAGGAAAAACAGCCGGACUUGUUGCUACCAAAGAGAGGGAGAUAGAGAAGUUUCGUGUUGCAGUGAGCGUGCCGUCAGGAGCUCGGAUGUCCUUCUCCCUGACCUACGAGGAGCUGCUGCCUCGUCGACUCGGCCGCUAUGAGCUCAGUUUAGGUCUGAGGCCGGGACAGCUUGUGCAGAACCUCACGUUGGAUGUCAGUAUAAUGGAGCGGACGGGCCUCAGUUUCAUCAAAGCCUUUCCUCUCAGGACGAGCCGACUGCUCUCCAACGCUGCUCAAGGUGACUCAGAGGCGCCUCCCUCCACUCAUGUUGAGCGGAGCACUUGUUGUGCUCGAGUUCGCUACAGUCCCACUCUGCAGCAGCAGAACAGCAUCUCCUCCAAAGGUCUAAAUGUAGACUUCAUCAUUCAGUAUGAUGUGGACCUCAGAGACCUCAUGGGUGAAGUCCAGGUUUAUGAUGGCUACUUUGUGCAUUACUUUGCACCCAGAGGGCUUCCUGUGGUUCCUAAGGAUGUCAUAUUUGUCAUCGAUGUCAGCGGCUCAAUGAUCGGCACAAAGAUAAGACAGACCAAACAGGCCAUGAGCACCAUUCUCGGGGAUCUCAGAGAGGGAGACCACUUCAACAUCAUCACCUUCUCAGACAAAGUUCACACCUGGAAGAAAGGGCGAACGGUGAGGGCGACUCGGCAGAAUGUGCGAGACGCCAAAGACUUCGUGAAGAGGAUCAUUGCAGAAGGCUGGACCAACAUCAAUGCAGCUCUGCUUUCAGCUGCCCAGCUCGUCAACCCUUCGUCCUCUCCCUCCUCCAGCCACCUCUCAUCCCGUCGUGUCCCUCUGGUAAUUUUCCUCACUGAUGGGGAGGCAACCAUCGGAGUAACAGCUGGUGACACAAUCCUCGUCAAUGCCAAGAAAGCUUUGGGCGCCGCCUCUCUGUUUGGCCUUGCCUUCGGAGACGACGCAGACUUCCUCCUCCUGAAACGCCUCGCGCUGGAUAACCGCGGCGUGGCCAGGAUGGUGUACGAGGACGCAGACGCAGCCUUGCAGCUGAAGGGCUUCUAUGAUGAAGUCGCCAGCCCUUUGCUAUCAGACAUCCAGCUUACGUACCUGGAUGAUCAGGCGUUUGACAUCACUCGCUCCCUUUUCCCAAACUACUUUCAAGGCUCCGAGUUGGUGGUAGCAGGGAGGGUGAAACCAGGGGUGAAGGAUUUAAAAGUGUCGAUGUCCGCCAUUGAUUCAAAGCAACAUGUCAAGCUGGAGAACGACGUGUUGGUGUCCCACGCAAAGGGGAACGAGAGUGCAGAUUUUCUAGACUGUUCAGGAAGCUUGGAGGGAAUCUCGAGCUUUGUGCACCGUCUCUGGGCGUAUUUCACCAUCAAGGAGCUGCUGCUGGCCAAACUGAACGCCACUGACCCUGCCACUCAAAGGUUACUGGCAGAAAAGGCCACAAAUUUAUCCCUCAAAUAUAACUUCGUAACACCAGUUACCUCUUUAGUUGUAGUAAAGCCCGACGCAGAUGAAGCCGCUCAGAAUCCAACCACUGCAAAACCCACCACUGCAGCCACUAUAACCACGACAGCAACGACUACCGCCACCACCAAAAUAUCAGCUGCUGGGGCUGUGAAAAAGCCCAGCACACCUUCUAACGCCCGCCCCAACAAAACAAAACCAGACCCCCCUCAGCCGCCUCCAAAGCAAACUAAGAAAAUCUCACCUUCCACUUCAAAACCAGCUGUUUCACCAUCCAAGAAAACGACGACCUCAAGUCCCAGUGCUGUUAAAACGGCCCCGGCUCCAUUAUCCGGUAAAAAGCCCGCUCCUUCCCAUAAUGAAUCCAAAAUUACCUCUCCUCCUCCUCCGCCUCCUCCUCCAGCUGCCGGUAAGAUCCCCACCUCUCUGCAAAAUGCUCUAAAAACAGCACCACCCCCCGACCCACCACAGACAGCAACCCCCCAGCCCAGCGCCUCCAAAACAACCACCCCCUCCGCCACCACCACAGAGUUAACAUUCACCACACCCCCGCUCAGAACCAACCCUGCACCGCUGCCCGGGAGACCCCUUACCCCACAGCCCAGCACGGUGCGGACCCCCCUCCUUCCUGUCAGAGUGACUGUGCCCUCCACAGAGGCAGAAAACAGCACCACAUCUGCUCCAGAUGUGCCUGUAGUCACCACCGCUCCGCCCCAGCUGUCUCCGCUCACCUCUCCCACCCCGGCAGCCGCUCCAGCUGUGGACGACAACAACACAGACCUGAGCGUCGCCACCUUCGUGUCGGCCACCUUUGCUCCCAUGCCGGGUGUAACAGAGGGGCAACGGCUGUGGGAAGCAGCAGGGCUUCUGGAUGUCUCCACAUUCAUCCAGAGAAAAGAUAUCGACCUUGUAAAAGAUUAUGAUGCAACCUAUGACUACGACUACGAUCUCAACUACGACGCAUGGGAUGAUACUCCAGACACAGGAUCAUUGGAUGCCGCUCCGACCAGACUGAGCACCAUCCGGGUCUUCUCGUCUUCAGUUGAUGGAGAUCCUCAUUUUGUGGUCCAGCUGCCAAAGCUGCAUCAUAAUUUGUGUUUCACCGUUGACGGCAGAGCGAAUGAUGUCCUCAGACUGUUAGAGGAUCCAGAGAGAGGGAUCAUUGUCGAUGGCCACCUGAUGGGAGCUCCCUCCAAGCACGGCGCAGAGGAACGCUCAACCUAUUUCGACCGGCUCACCAUUUCCUCUCCGACAGGCGGCUCUGGUGACAUCAUGAUCUCCCUCUCACUGGACGCUGUGGUGGUGGAAGGGGAAGGGCGGGAUAUUAUUCCCAUUAAUCAGCAGGGGUCGGUGACGAGGCAGGGUGUGACCGUCACCGUGGACAACCAUCGGAGCUGCUGGAUCGAGCUGGCCAAGGAGGUGCGCUUCCUGGUCCUGUUCCACCACUAUAAACACCCCAGCUACCUGCAGUUGGCUCACCUGGGCUUUUACAUCACAGACGGUCGGGGGCUGUCUGCUUCAACCCAAGGCCUGCUGGGCCAGUUUCAGCACGCUGACAUGACUGUAACAGCGGUAACGGACUAUAAGGAUGGACACAAUGAGGCAGUUUCAGCGCGGGGGAUCUUGAGGUGGGGAUCAGAGCACAUGGGGGUCACCUUGCAGGACAAGACGCUGAAAGACACGGUUCGGAAACGCCACAUGGGCAAGUGUUGGGUGGUGCCCAAGGCAGAGAUAGAGAGACUACUGGGUCAUCCGUACGAGAGCUACGUGGUGGAUCGUGUGUAAUUCUAGCUGGAGUCUGCUCCACCUUGUCGCCUCUCUGCUGCACAGCUCAGGUCACAGCGAUUAUUACGUCAUGAUUAUUGGACAAAGGAUGAGCGAGAACUGGGACUCCGUGAGGCUAAAAUGACACGAUGUGUAAUAUUCAGUAAGGAGCACAGGUGUGGUUACAAAAGAGGGAAAGCUGCACGUAAAGCAGUGAUGAGGAAGUGUGGUUCUUCACGAAUAUAGUGAGGGGCUGAGCGAGGCUGUUGUUCCCCAUCAGUGAAUUUCACUUGGAUUGACGUUCUGUGUUCUGUAUCUAUGGCAGAGACGCUCCUGUUCGCAUGGCAACCACAAAAUGUCCAUUUGUGCUGCAGCAGUUUGCGCUCUCUCCAAAACGCCUUACACACUAACUGUCAUCACUUUAAAGACAAAAUACUCUUAUAUUUCAUCGUGGGAUGAUUAUUAGGCAGGUCAUGUAAUUACUUAAACUGUAUCAUUCUGUAAGUUGUAUUUUUUUAGUGUAAGUGUAUAUAAAAUAUUAUUGUAUGGAUGUCAGGGGUCUGCUGCUCUUUUACAAGCAUUUAAACCUUUAAACCUCGAGCA